AUGCCCUCCCUACUACACUCCCUCCGCACCUCCCCCCUCCUCCGCUCCAAACCCCCUCCUUUAAACCCCAUAUUAUAUCUGUAUACAUCAAAACGCCACCUCGGCAUCCCCCCCGCCUACCUCCUGGACGACUACAUCCCGCGCUACCAACUCCUCUCGUCCAUCGACGCCUCCAAAAAGCGCUCCCUCGCCUACGCCCACCUCCAAAACUGCAAUCUCUGCCCGCGUCGCUGCGGCGUCAACCGAUACCAUGAAACGGGCAUGUGCAUGAUCGGCGCCGAAACCGCAAAAGUGAAUACCAUCGCCCCGCAUCGCGGCGAGGAACCCUGCAUCCAGGGGUUUCAUGGCUCCGGCAGCGUGUUUUUCUCCGGGUGUAAUAUGCGGUGUGUGUUUUGUCAGAACCAUGAUAUAGCGCACAAGAAAGCAGGUCAUGAUCUCACGCCCACCGAGCUAGCGGAGUGGUAUAUGAAACUCCAGACGGUGGGGAACGUGCAUAAUAUUAACCUCGUCACGCCAGAGCACGUCGUCCCGCAAGUGGUGCUUUCGAUUCUAGACGCGAGGGAUAUGGGAUUAAAGAUUCCUAUCGUCUAUAACACAUCCAGCUUCGACUCCCUCGACUCAUUACAUCUGCUGGAUGGGUUGGUGGAUAUAUACCUCCCUGACUUUAAAGUCUGGAAGGGGAGUACCGCGAAGCGAUUACUCAAAGCAGAGGAGUAUGUCGAAACAGCGAAGGAGAGUAUCAAGGAGAUGCAUCGGCAGGUAGGGGAUUUGAGUUUUACCUCUGAUGGCAUUGCGAAGAAGGGAGUGUUGUUGAGACAUUUGGUGAUGCCGGGGUUGGAGGAUGAGGGGAGGGAGAUUGUGAGAUGGCUGGCGGAGAAUGUGUCCAGGGAUUUGUAUGUGCAUGUUAUGGAGCAGUAUAGGCCGGAUGCGUAUGUCAGGUAUAAAGAGAUUAAUCGCGCUGUUAGGGAGGAGGAAUGGGGGGGUGUUAGGGAGGCUGCGGUGCAGGCGGGGUUGUGGAGGUUUUGUGAGGUUAAUGAGAUGGGGGGGUUUCAUCUGUAG